CCUCCCGAUUUUCUUCCCGAGUGCGGCUUCUCAUUCUGUUGCAGCUCAGCAUUCGUUCACCAUCCAUCACACCUUGCAGUCCAAACGCACCGUACCCCUCGUCAUCGCGCGCACGCCCCUCAUUCGGCUCGUCUUGGGGAAAUGUGCGCUCGAGUGAUGAAAAGGCAACGCAGGGAGGAGGACUUCAACCCCAGCUCUUCUGCAAUUUCCCCCGCUGGCAAGUCCAAGCAUAUGGGAGGCAAAGCGAGCUCUGCAUUCUGGGAAGAUGAUGGAGAUGAAGAUGCGCACUCGCAAGAGUACAACGAUGAUGCUCAUUGGGAAGGGCGUGGAGGAGAGUUCGGUCAUCAAGCUUUGCCAGUGGGUGACCUCUCUGCAGAUUUUGACGGCGUGCCCACGGACGGCGAGCAGUACUUGGCCAUGGUCAGGCGAGAGGCCGAACAGCACGGAAGAGCAGGCGGUAAGCGCCAGAAUGAGUUCAGCAAGCAAGUCGCAGGGCCUGCAUCUCCGGAAGAGCUCCUGUCUUCACCACAAGAUCUGGACGUCAGGGUCCGGACGUGUGAAAUCACGUCGAUUCCUGCUAUUCCAUCGACGCGAUGGCGUGCAACUUACGUGAAUCGCUUCAAAGCGCUACGAGAAGCGGUCUCGACCACGCCGACGCGACCCAUCACCAAUCCCAAUUUUGGCAAGUUGCCGCAAAAGGGCCGGGUGGAUCAAUGGUACGAAUUUGUGCACCGACGAGCGAUACCCAAUGGCGUGCGCAUAGAGGUGGAUGGGGAUGACUGGGAAGCUAGCAAUUAUGCUACGCACGAGAGUCAGAGGCAGAGAGAGCAAGCGCAGGCCCGACUGGACCCUACCAGGAGGUACUCGAAUGGAACCGACGCCGCCGGAGGGCACGUCCUGCCUAGAGAACCUAGCGCUUCAUUAAUGAAGCGACUCCAGUCCUAUCACAUUCUGCAAUUGUUGACCAUUUUCCCAUACUGGUUCAAUUUGCCUCUCCCCGCCCACGCAUCGAACGAAGACGUCUACAACGUGAACGCGCCCCAAGCACUUCAUCAGCUCUAUGCCAACUGGCUCUUCUCUCUUUUGGCAUUCCUCGACCACAGGCUCACUUCGGACGAGAUCAGCAUCCUGCGAACGUUGGCAAGGGCUUGUAUCGCAGCUGUUGCUCUUCAUCGAGCUAAGCGCGCAGCAAAAGCCAAGCGCCAUAAAUCAGCAUCACUCGCAGGCACAUGGGAAGAAGAGCAGCAGCGGAUGGAAGGGGAAGAGGGUGCUUGGUGCGUCGUGGCGGCAGUCGUGGGUGUCUGGGGACAACAAGAUCUCUGGGAUGAUGCGCUGGCCAUUUUGAAAGAUGCCAGUGCCGGUGAUGGCGGCGGAGACGAUGUGGAUAUGGAGCAGGAUCACGACAACGAGGUGGACUUGCUCAGUCGAUGACCAACUUACAAGAGCCACCGUUUCCAACUAGGAUUCGGCAGACCGCUCACGCAAUACAUUCAUGGUAGAC